GCAGCUGCAGCAGCGGCGGCGGCAGCAGCGUCAGGAGCUGUUGCAGCAGAGGCGGAGGCUACUCCUGGACGCGUCCCGGCCGCGCAGCCGGAGCCCCAGCCCGGAGGCGCCGGGCGGUGCACUAAGUGCUGCUGCUGCCCGCCCGCCGCCGCCUGGGGUCCCGCUGCCACCAGGGCCCUUGCUGUCGUCCGCUCCCCAAUCGACCCCUCCCGCGUGUGCGCCCCAGCCCGGACGCCGCCCCCGGCCGGGUCUCCCCUUCUUGGCCGCACCUCCCAUGACAGCACCCGCUCGAAGAUGGCUGCGAAGGGCGCGCACAGCUCCCACCUGAAGAUAGAGAGCGAGCUGGAGCGCUGCCGCGCCGAGGGCCACUGGUACCGCAUGCCCGAGCUGGUCCGGCAGAUGCAGGCUAUUGUCGUGCCCAGUGGAGGAGGCCACCGGCGAGCCAUUCCGGGCACCUUGUUCACCUCUCUGGACACCGAUGACUUUGGAAAACUGCUCCUGGCGGAGGCCCUCCUGGAGCAGUAUUUGAAGGAGAAUAAUGCCAAGAUAAAAGACUCCAUCCCUUUGCUGGAAAAGAAUGAGCCAAAGAUGAAUGAAGCCAGAAACUAUCUGAGCGGAGUCCUCAACCGUGGGAGGCUGUCGCCACGGUACCUAUGUGAGGCCAUGCUGAUCCUGGGCAAGCUGCAUUACGUGGAGGGCUCCUACCGAGAGGCCAUCAGCAUGUAUGCUCGGGCCGGAAUCGAUGACAUGUCCGUGGACACCAAGCCCCUGUAUCAGAUGCGGCUGCUGGCGGAGGCCUUUGUUGUCAAAGGCCUCUCCCUGGAACGCCUACCCAGCUCCAUCGCUUCCCGCCCCCGCCUGACCGAGAGGGAGGAGGAGGUGAUCACCUGCUUCGAGAGGGCCUCCUGGAUCGCUCAGGUGUUCCUGCAGGACCUGGAGAAGGUCACAAAUAACUCCACCUCGCGGCACCUGAAAGGCUCUCACCCCGUUGACUAUGAGCUCACCUACUUCCUGGAAGCUGCCCUCCAGAGCGCUUAUGUGACGAACCUGAAGAAGGGGAACAUCGUGAAAGGCAUGAGAGAGCUCCGGGAGAUCCUCCGGACGGUGGAGACCAAAGCAACUCAGAACUUCAAAGUGAUGGCGGCGAAGCACCUGGCUGGGGUCCUGUUGCACUCGCUGAGUGAGGAUUGCUACUGGAGCCCCCUGUCCCACCCUCUGCCCGAGUUCAUGAGCAAAGAGGAGAAUUCCUUCAUCAUGCAGGCCCUGCGGAAACCUCACCUCUAUGAAGGAGACAACCUCUACUGCCCAAAGGACAACAUUGAGGAAGCCCUCCUGCUGCUCCUCAUCAGCGAGUCCAUGGCUACUCGGGAUGUGGUGCUGAGCCGGGCGCCGGAGCAGGAGCAGGACCGGGCGGUGAGCCUGCAGAACGCUGCCACCAUCUACGACCUCCUGAGCAUCACGCUGGGCAGGAGGGGCCAGUAUGUCAUGCUCUCUGAGUGUCUGGAGCGGGCCAUGAAGUUCGCAUGUGGAGAGUUUCACCUUUGGUACCAAGUGGCACUCUCCAUGGUGGCCUGUGGAAAGUGGGCCUACGCUGUGUCGCUGCUACGGGAGUGUGUGAAACUGCGGCCCUCGGACCCCACCGUGCCCCUGAUGGCCGCCAAGGUCUGCAUCGGGUCCCUGCACUGGCUGGAGGAGGCCGAGCGCUUUGCCACGAUGGUGAUCGACCUUGGGGAGGACGCUGGGGAGUUUCUCUCCAAGGGCUACCUGGCGCUGGGUCUCACCUACAGCCUGCAGGCCACCGACGCCACUCUGAAAAGCAAGCAGGACGAGUUGCACCGGAAGGCACUGCAGACGCUGGAGAGAGCCCAGCAGCUGGCGCCUGGCGACCCCCAGAUCAUCCUCUAUGUCUCCCUGCAGCUGGCCCUCGUCCGACAGAUCUCCAGCGCCAUGGAGCAGCUGCAGGAGGCCCUGAAGUUGUGCAGGGAUGAUGCGAACUCUCUCCACCUGCUGGCUCUCCUCUUCUCCGCCCAGAAGCACUACCAGUACGCCCUUGAUGUCAUCAACAUGGCCAUCUCAGAGCACCCCGAAAACUUCAACCUGCUGUUCACCAAGGUGAAGCUGGAGCAGGUGCUGAAAGGCCCGGAGGAAGCCCUGGUGACCUGCAGGCAAAUGCUGCGACUGUGGCAGACCCUGUACAACUUCUCCCAGCUGGGAGGCGUGGAGAAGGAUGGCAGCGUCGGCGAGGGCCUCACGCUGAAGAAGCAGAGUGGCAUGCACCUAACUCUGCCCGAUGCCCACGAUGCGGACUCCGGCUCUCGGCGGGCAUCGUCCAUCGCAGCCUCCCGGCUGGAAGAGGCCAUGUCAGAGCUGACCAUGCCCAGCUCCGUUCUGAAGCAGGGCCCCAUGCAGCUGUGGACCACGCUGGAACAGAUCUGGCUCCAGGCUGCUGAACUGUUCAUGGAGCAGCAGCACCUGAAGGAAGCAGGUUUCUGCAUCCAGGAGGCAGCAAGCCUCUUCCCCACCUCGCACUCAGUCCUCUACAUGCGCGGCCGGCUGGCUGAGAUGAAGGGCAGCCUGGAGGAGGCCAAGCAGCUGUACAAGGAGGCGCUCACAGUGAACCCCGACGGCGUGCGCAUCAUGCACAGCCUGGGCAUGAUGCUGAGUCGGCUGGACCACAAGUGCCUGGCCCAGAAGGUGCUGCGGGACGCUGUGGAGAGGCAGAGCACCUGCCACGAGGCAUGGCAGGGCCUGGGCGAGGUGCUGCAGGCCCAGGGCCAGAGCGAGGCCGCUGUGGAGUGCUUCCUCACCGCCCUCGAGCUGGAAGCCAGCAGCCCGGUGCUGCCCUUCUCCAUCAUCCCCAGAGAGCUCUGACUCUGCCCUGCAGCAGCAGGAGGAAGGGGACUGCCCGGCGGGCGGAGCAGGCCGACGGCAGGGAACAUGGGUUCAGGGAGGCAUGGGACCUCAGGGAAAUACAUCUCUAGGGAACACUUCUGCAAGCUGCAGCCCUAGUUCCCCUCGCCUCCCCCACCCCACCCCUGCAUUCCCUCCAGGGCCCAGUGAGUCUGUAAGAGAGGCUCGUCUGGAGCUGGGUGGACCAGAUUUGCAUCAAAAGCAAAUUCCUUGCUCCUCGGGAGUCAGACAUUGUGACAUUUACGAGCAAGGAAGUGGCCGGGAGGCCACCUCAACAUGGGGCCCCUCCCCGGAGUAUCUGUGCAUCCUCGAAAUAUGCAGUAAGGUCUGUGGGCUUGGUCACUUCCCCCUCUAGAAACCCAUGUACACACCUGCCACCCUCUCUCGGCAUCCCUGACCCCGAUUUCCCGCUUUGCACAAGCUUUAGUCUCGAACCUCAGCCCUCUGCCCUCCAGCACCAGCGAUGAACCCUGCAGCUACCCUGAGGCCGGGCCAGCAGGGGUUCCUGUGUUCUUCCUUGGCUCCUCGGGAGAUGGUCUGCUUGAACCCUCAGUGUCAUAGAGUCGUGGUGACAGGACCUACUCCCUGGAGCCUUACAGCUGUGCCUUCCCCCCACCUGUGCCUCUGUGCCUUGGGGGAGCCCCACGUCACGGUCCCAUGCCACAGUCUCAGGACAAGGUUUCAGAUCACUCUCAGGUCUUGCCCAGGUCAGUCAUGGUUUGAAGAACCCACUGGCAAGUGGAAAGAAGAUGGAUUCCUCUCCCAGACUUCGACUUAGUGGGUAAUGCCUGGUGUUGCCCUUUGCCCAGUGAGGCCAGUUGGGACUCACUGUGUACCCUCUGCUGCCAAGCGCCUUUGAGGCCCGUGGUGUCUGGCCAGGGACACUGAGCACCGGCCCUAACCAACCUGCCAUUCCUGCCCACCGCCACCUUCCUGGAAAUGCCCCAGCUCAAGCAGCCAGCUCAGACCCUGGGCCGUAGCCCCAGGAUGGGCCUCAGGGUGUGAGCAUGGCAGCUGCAGCCGGCCCUUUCUAAUGCGUUACAGCAACACAUUGCUCCUGGAAGCCUUCCCUUUCAGGGCCGUGAGUACAGGGCAGAUCACUGUAGGGGUGAUGACGAGGAGGCUCCAGGACUGCCCCAGAUUCAUCACACCACUUGCAGUCCACUUCGCCUCGGGCUUUGUUGGUUAACCCAAGCCCCACCCUGGCUGUUUGGUUCUGCCUGGCUGGCACCUAACUACUUGAGCUGGCCUCUGUAUACUUGACACCUUUGUCAGCAGGGGCCCUGGGUGCUGGCGGUGGGGUCUUUCCUGCUGCUCCCCUAGCCUGCUGCUUGAUGCUCUGGGAAUUCUCCCCAAGGAAUCCCCCUGCCCCCUCCACCACCACAGGCUGAUUAGGGGAAUCCCUUUUUCACCUGCACUUUGGGUUUUAGUUUUAAAGCUCCAUCAGGUACAUCUCUCAUUUCAAGGUGUGUGGAAAGGUGGAGCGGGGACUGCCCGGGUUUGUCACAGCCCAGGCUGUCUGUGGGAAACCCCACUCCUCACCACCUGGGCUCAGCACUGCACCCCCAGGGGCUUCCUGGGGAAAGCCCCGUGCCCCCUGGCCUCCCGCCAGGUGAGCAACACUGCGGAGAAACCACAUCCUUCGCCUCCAGUUUGAAGGAUCUGUGUAUGUGCCAGACCCACACAGGGUCUGGCAGAAGUAAUGCCUGCUUGAGUGUGGUUCGUCAGGUAAUAUUAUAUGGGUACAAUAAUUUAUAGUUUUAAUUUGAACAUCUCACCUAAAAUGCCAUAUGGUGUGCUUGAGUAUGAUAUUGUUAUGUUACAGAAUUACAUGCUCAUGAUUUUGUAAUAAAAGAUUUUUAAUAAAAAGGGGGCAUUAUUUGUGCCGGGCCC